CUUCUCCCGGAGGAGGCGGAGAAGUUCCGCCCCCGCCCCCCCGCCCGGAUCUCCGGCUUCCGGCAAUUCCACGGGACCGAAACCGGCGGGAGAGCCUCGCAGGCCCGUGCCGCGCCAGACCCCUGCACAUUUUCUUCCUCAAAACUGGAGGAAGACCGGCUGGCUGAAUGGCAGCUGCAGAUGACUUGCAGUUUGAAGAAUUUGGUGAUGCAGCCACUUCUCUAGCAGCAAACUCAGAUGCCACCACAAUACACAUUGAGAAUCCUGGUGAAACCCCCAACCACCAGUCAGGACCCUCAAGAAGCUCUGGGAGGGAAGAAGAUGAUGAGUUUCUGGGAAAUGAUGACUCUGACAAAACUGAGUUACUUGCUGGCCAGAAGAAAAGCUCUCCUUUCUGGACAUUUGAGUACUACCAAACAUUCUUUGAUGUGGAUACAUACCAGGUCUUUGACAGAAUAAAAGGGUCUCUUUUACCAAUACCCGGAAAAAACUUCGUGAGGUUAUCUAUCCGCAGCAAUCCAGAUCUCUAUGGCCCCUUUUGGAUAUGUGCCACAUUGGUCUUUGCCAUAGCAAUUAGUGGGAAUCUUUCCAACUUCUUAAUCCAUCUGGGAGAGAAGACAUACCACUACGUGCCUGAGUUCCAAAAAGUGUCCAUAGCAGCUACCAUCAUCUAUGCCUACGCAUGGCUUGUUCCUCUGGCCCUCUGGGGCUUCCUCAUGUGGAGAAACAGCAAAGUCAUGAACAUUGUUUCCUAUUCGUUUCUGGAGAUUGUGUGCGUCUAUGGCUAUUCGCUCUUCAUUUAUAUCCCUACAGCAAUACUGUGGAUCAUCCCCCAGAAAGCUAUUCGUUGGAUUCUAGUCAUGAUUGCCCUGGGCAUCUCAGGAUCUGUCUUGGCAAUGACAUUUUGGCCAGCUGUUCGUGAAGAUAACCGGCGUAUUGCAUUGGCUACAAUUGUGACGAUUGUGUUGCUUCAUAUGCUUCUUUCUGUGGGCUGCUUGGCAUACUUUUUUGAUGCACCAGAGAUGGACCAUCUCCCUACAACUAUAGCUACUCCAAACCAAACAGUUGCAGCAGCCAAGUCCAGCUAAGGAGGAAAAUAGGGUCUCAUGCUUUUGCCAGGGCCAUCAUUGGACUUCGAGCUUCCUACCUCUUGUGUAGCUGAAAUUAAUGUGUAACACUAUACCUGCUUGUAAGGCCAUAUUUUUGAGAACAUCAUGGGAACAUUGAAAAAGAAGCAGUAAAUCAUGAAUUUAGAAAAGCUAACAGACUCAACUCUUCCUUCUAAAUGGGUAGGAAAACUCAUUUCCUAUAAAAAAGUACAACAGAGAGGAGUGCAGUCAGAGCUCAUAAUUAGGUAAAAAGAAGAAGAAGAAAAAUGAAGACAAGGAACAGAAUAAUAUCCCUAGUGGUGUUUGAAGCCUCCUAGGUGCAUUCCCACAAAAUGGGCAAAACCUGUAAGUGUUUAAAAACAAGCUAAAAGAUUAAAAAAGAAAGGCACUAAUUAGAAUUACAAAACGAAAAUUAGGUAAUGGAAUUGGGGAAAAAUGGUAAAGGGGAACUCAUUUCACACACAAAGCCUGAAGUAGAUGAAAUAUUGGAGUUAAUGCCUAGUCGCUGUACCUCCAGGGGCUACAAAGUAAAGAGAAAGAACUCUUAUGUUCCAAAAUGAAUAAAGAAAACUCAGCACUCAGAGAAGUGGCAGAAGUAGAAACCCAAGAAGUAGUGGCAGGUGAAGAAGACCAAAGGUGUGUGGUAGAUGUCCUAAAGAUGAAAAAAAAUAGUAAACA